UUCUAGUCUACUAGUAACCAGUCAACUCACCUCAAAGCACUCAUGAACAAGGCAGUUGACAUCAAUCCUGUAUAUCUUGUCUAGCAAUUUCCAAAUCGAGAACGGUGAGGGGGACAGACAUCGCUUUACGCAAGCGAACACCAGCCACCCGAACGAAAGUCACUACUUUAUAUAGCGAUGCCCAGCCAAACUUGAUAUCCUCGAACCUCCACGACCGACGUCAAGAUACACGUACCCGGUGCCACCAAUUGGGGCCUCUGACGACUCCAACGUACCAACCCCGCCGAUAUCAUCCGUCACCCGUUAUCGAUCGGAUCCCCCAGCAGAACCAACAUGGAUGCUCCAGUCGAUCUGUCCCGUGGUUGGCCCAACCCCGCCUUACUGCCCACGGCUGCCUUGGCUGAGGCCUCCGCCACGGUCAUGGCCAACCCGGCCAUCUGGACGCCCGCCUUGCUGUAUGGCCCGGAUGAAGGCUACCAGCCAUUGAGGGAACAUGUAGCCCGCUGGCUAACGGCCUUUUACCAGCCAAACGACCCCGUCACUGCGGACCGCAUUUGCAUCACGGGUGGCGCCAGCCAGAACCUAGCAUGUAUCCUGCAGGUCUUCACCGAUCCUCUCUACACCCGCAAUGUCUGGAUGGUCGCCCCCACCUAUCACCUGGCUUGCCGCAUCUUCGACGAUUCGGGCUUCGCCGGCCGUCUGAGAGCUGUCCCGCAGGAUGAUGCGGGGUUAGAUCUGGCCUAUCUCCGGCAAGGGUUGAUGACCGCCGAGGAACAAGCGACAAGGGAAUACAACACCGCACCGAAACACAAACCGUCCAGGCCGUGGGGGAAGGUCUACAAGCAUGUCAUCUACGCGACGCCCACCUUUUCCAACCCGUCCACCCUCACCAUGUCCCUCUCUGAUCGAGAGCAGCUGGUCCGUCUUGCACGCGAGUUCGACGCCCUGAUCAUUACGGACGAUGUGUAUGACCUCCUGCAGUGGUCACCCGACCCAACAGUGCCGCUCUCCCAGCCUGACCAGGCACAUCUUCCCCGCGUCGUGGAUGUGGAUCGGUAUUUGGACGGAGGACCUCUAGAUGGCUGGGGGAACGCGGUGAGUAACGGAAGUUUCAGCAAGCUGAUUGGACCCGGUAUUCGAACCGGAUGGGCGGAAGCCAGUGAAAAAGUAGCGUACGGUCUGUCACAGACAGGCUCAAGUCGAUCUGGAGGAGCCCCGUCUCAGUUGUCGGCUGCCGUGGUCGCCCAGUUGUUCCCCACCGGCGUCAUCCAGGAGUUUGUGGAUAAAGUUUUGCGACCAGCGUACGCUCGUCGAUAUCAACGCAUGAUGACGGCCAUUCGCGAACAUCUUGUUCCUCUUGGCGUGUCGCUGCGUCCAGCCCCGGACGUUGCAGGAGGGUAUUUUAUCUGGAUUCGGCUACCAACCCCACUGCGAGCGAGCGAGCUUGCACUCAUCGCGCUGCAGGAGCAGAAACUGACGGUGGCGGCCGGGGAUGUCUUCCGGGUGCAAGGAGACCCGGUGGUGGAGAAGAAUGAAUUCGACGACGGGGUGCGCCUUUGUUUCGCGUGGGAGGGAGAAGACCAGCUAGAAGAGGGAGUGAGGCGGCUUGCCUCCGUCAUUCGAAAGGCUCUGGCAUAAACCUAGCGAUAUUGAUGCGAGGGCGAGAGCAAGUGACGACAUCACCCGAUCGCGAUCAUGAACAAACAGGCGGACCGGUCCGUUUGGGAUGUCGGACCUGACGAACCCAGCAGGGUCUAAUGCAGCAAUGCAAGAGAUGCCACAGCAAUAUGGUUUUCCAAGGUCGGUCUGUGAAGUCCUCUGUCGCCGGAGCUCACCGCACCUUAGGGUGGUGUCAACUGACGAGGCAGAGGCGACGGGCGGCCAGUAAGCGCCGACGCGGGGGACGCAGAUGACCUGGGUGGACAUCUGCACGGCACCUGCAGCCAACUUGCAUAUAUACUACGGAGUAGUCGCCGUGAAAUGUUAGGCAAUUAGGCCAAGUGUGCGAUGUGAUAAUCCUGACCAGGGGCCCCGAACAAACUUAGUCCGCUAGGAGGAAUGGACGCGUCAAAUAGCUCUGCGGACAGGGAUGCCAACACCCCGUCCUCAGGAGGCGAGCGCAGAG